AUGCAGCUCUCAUCGCCGCUGUGGAUCGCUGGCGUUGCCGUCCUGGGCCUGGUUGCCAACGUUGUGGUCCUGAUCGGGUGCGUUUCGCCGGCGACCAAGGACAUUGCGCUUUAUCGAGUCAACCUGGCCCUCCUGGCCGAUGCCCUGGAGAAGCUUGCUGUAGGGUACAAGUCGGACAACCGCAAUCGAACGCAGCUGCUUCGCUCCGAUCUCCCGACCUACUGGUAUUGGGGAAUGUCAGGGAUAUGUAACGUCCUCGAGACGGGCGAAACCCGUUGCCGGCGCGCCUUUCCCCCAACCCCGAGCCUUGUGGGCCUCCUGGAGGACUCGCUCCGAGACAGCCUCGGCGACAACCAGGAACAGAAGAUCAAGGGCGUCGUUGACUCGUGGAAUGCCACGCUAAACAGCACCAGAGCCACCAGGCUCGCCGCCAACAGUGCCGGGUUCGCGGCCAAGAGCAAAGCCAGCGCCUCGUUGGUCGUGGCCGCCGCCGGAUUGGAUGGCGCCGCGGCCUUUCUGGCGCUGUGUCUGCCGAAUGCGACAAAGAAACGUCUGCUUCACUAUGCGCCGGCCAUCAGCGGCUUGUUAACUCUCAGCGCCUCGGCUCUCGCCUGGUUGUCCAUGCAGGAUGGCGUGCAGGGGGUGGCCGGUUCCGCUGAGCAGGUCGGACCCGCCAUCAUCGUUUUGUUGGUUGGCGGAAUGUUGCAGCUGCUGUACUACGGCGGUGCAGGCUUCGGUGCGUGCAAAAAUCCGAGCUCUGAAAUGACGCGGAAUGAGAAGAUUGGGUUUGAGGGGGAGUUCCACAUGUAUAGCUGGUUCAAGGAUCGCUUACCCGGAUGGUCCCCGCAGAACUGGACCAGCCGGCUGCGGAAACACGCCGGCUUCCCCGACUUCACCGAGCCGGAAUGGCAGUAUGCCGACUUCACCUACGAUGAUGUGGGUGGUGACAUGUUGCGAUUGCUUCGGAAGGAGGGGGUGCCCGUGUCGCCUGACUGGUCGGCGCGAACCAGGUAUCAUAUCGAAGUCAAGUCGACCACCGCCGGCUGCGACGCCGAGUUCUUUGUCAGUCAGUACCAGGUGCAACGGAUGCACGAGUAUGCAAACGACCGCUUCAAUGCGUAUAUCCUUGUUCGUGUCUUUCAAAGUCAAUUCGGGGUACCGUGGAUCCUCACGUGCCGGAGAUUCUUCGUGGAUCCGCGUCCUGGUGUUCACCCCGGCCUUCUCUGGGGUCCGCUCCAGGAUGAUGGCUAUUACCCGGUGAGGACGGUGUCCGCUCCCAAUAUAGAUUGGAGCGAGAGCUGUAUCUCUUGA